AUGAAAAUCGUGAUCGUAGGCGCAGGCAUUGCCGGCCUGGCUUCCGCGCUGGCCCUUACGAAAUGGCCGUCAGGGAAGCCGGAUAUCACCAUCAUUGAGAUUCGACCGCAGCCUUCAACCAUUGGAGGAGCCGUCGGGCUGACACCCAACGCACUCCGCUGCUUGCACCACCUAGGUGUACUGCCACGCAUCCGAGAAAACGCUCUUGGGACGGAUAUAGACAAAAUUGAACUCUUUAACAUCUACAGCGGAGUCAAUCUAGGCCAAAUCGACAUCACUGGGAGCCAGGGAAACGGAGUCGGUGAGCCACCAUUCAGAGGGCUGAGGAUUAUGCGAGCGGAUUUACUGCAGUCACUCAUUGCAGGUGUGAAAUCCCUCGACAACAUCAAGCUCGAGUAUGGCCGGAAAGCGGUUCAAAUCGUCGAGAACAGCAGGGAAGCGGUACUUCACCUUGAAGACGGUGAGAUGCUGAAGGCAGAUUUGCUCAUCGGCUGUGAUGGAAUACAUUCCUUUGUCAGGACUAGCCUGAUAGACCCAGAGAGAAAGCCAAUCUAUACUGGAAUCGCAGCAGUGUUCGGAUUUGCCGUCCUCGAAGAGGGUGCUCAAUCACCUUGGCAGGAUACAGGUCUAUGCCAAUCACGACGAGGGAGUCUCCUGGCCACCUAUUACGAACACUCCCGAAGGAAACAAUUUGUUGCAGCCGUUAUGGAAACAGAAGAUGUCGUUUCCCGUGAAGGCUGGUUAGCACGAGGUUCAGAGCAGGACUGGAUCAAGCAGGAUGUCAAGAGCCGAUAUGGUAAUAGUGCAAUUGGAUUUCUCGACCCCCUCAUCGACUCAACCGACCACUGGACCUUGUAUCCUGUCUAUAAACUCGCCCCGAAAGGCAAGUGGAGUUCCAGCCGCACGAUUCUGCUCGGGGAUGCUGCGCAUGCCAUGCCACCCCAAGGUGAAAGCACAGGCUAUGCUCUCGAGGACGCUAUUUUGUUCGCACGCGUGGUGCAGAACAACCGCGAAAAGGAGCUGCCAGAGAUCUUUACUGCGUACCAGCGAGUCAGAAGAGAACGUAUUGACAAGGCUUAUGAAGAGUCCGCUUUUGGCUGGGACACACAGAAAGACAGUGGAUGGUUCACGUUCUUGCUACGGACCUGGAUCACCUCGGCUUUCCUCUGGUGGACUUCCACAGCAAGACAAAGAAGAUAUAUGGAGGAUGUGGCCACCAUGAGUCUGACAUAA